GCCGCCGCGGCGCCGGACGAUGCGCAUCCUCGUCGCGGCCGUCGCGCUGGCGCGCGCGGCGCAGGACAUCGACAUCUUCCCGGAGGUGCGCGAUUUCGUCGAAGCGCACGAGGCGAAGGCGACCCCGAGCGCGCCGCCGCACUUCGACGAGUUCCAGGGCCUCGAGCGCCACGGCCUGCUGAGCGGCGGGUCCGGCGCGUCCUACGUGAACCGGAGCUGCGCCUACGACAAGGUGCGCGGCUUCCCGGCGCGGCGCGUGCUGCUGCUGACGCACAGCAACGCGAGCCUCUUCGACGUCGACGAGCGGCGCGUCGUCUCGGUGCUCGCGCACGAGCGGAACGCGCGGUUCCGCGGCAGCGUGCCCACGGCCGAGGGCCUGUGGGUCGUGACGUCGCCCAUGGGCGCGGAGCGCGACGAGCUCUGGCUCCUGGGCGGCGAGCCGGGCGUCGUGAAGAAGCGGCUCGUGAUCCCCGGCACGUACGACGCGCACGACGCCGUCUGCGUCGGCGACGCGUUCUGGCUCGUCGACACGUUCCACGGCCGCGUGCUCAAGCUCAGGACGCCCGACGCGGCCGCGGACGAGCUCGAGGUGCUCCGCGAGCUCCCCGCGUGGAGCCGCGACGAGCACAUCAACCAGGUCGGCGUGUCGGGAAAACCGAAGACCGAGGGCCACGCGCUCCUCGUCGGCGUCCACAACCGGGGCCGGCCGAGCCGCAUCGACAUGGUCCCCUCGCCCAUGAUCUCCACGUCCAAGCGGUCGCUCUCCGGCGUCGGCAAGGGCGCGCACGGCAUGGCGCUGUGGCGGUCCGCGUACCUCGUGCACCUCGACUCGGCCGCGAACGCGCUGAGCCUGCUGAGCCUCGACAAGGCGACCUACACGCACGUCUGGCGGGCGCCGGCGGGCACCUUCCUCAAGGGCCUCGCGGUCAUCGGCGACGUCGCGUACUUUGGCGCGUCGCCCGAGAGCAAGUCCAUCAAGGAGCGGCUCGAGGUCGAGGUCACGCUCGUCGCCGUCGACCUCGCCGUCGCCCUCGCCAACGUCCAAGGCGACCAAGCGGGCGCGAGGCGCGAUUCGACCGUGUUCCGGGUGCCCCUCGCGGGCCGCGGCCUCCUCAACCAGGUCGUCGCGCCGAACUACGUCUGCGCCGCGCUCGGCCGCUCCCGGCCGGCGCCCGCGGCGGCGGACACCCUCGCGAAGAAACGGCUAGCGUCCCCCGAAACCUUCGUCCGCGUGCUCACGUCGAAUGAUGCGUAUUCCGCCAUCCUCGCCUAUUCAGGCUUCGAGCGCGUCCUCACGGUCGAGACGCUCAGCCACGCGGCGCGGCGCGCGAGCCGCGCCGCGGAGCUCCUCCUCGACACGACGGAGAUCUUCGAGGCGCGGCCCUUCGACGUCGAGCGCGUGCGACGGGUCAUGAUGGUCGCGGACCGCGACCGCCUCUGCCGCGCGCGGCGGUCGGGGCUCCUGGGCCCCCGGCCCCUCGUGGUGACGAAGACCUUCUUCCGAGGCUACUACUGGGAGCUGCACCCGUCCGUGCCGUGGACGCCGAGCGACGCGGUCUACCCGCCCGAGGGCGGCGCGCGGCUCCUGAGCCCCUGCGGCCGCCAGUCCGCGGCGCUCGGCGACGGCACGGCCGUCCUCGACGCGCCGCGCGCGGCCGCGUCCCUCGCGGCGAUCAAGCGCGCGCGCCUCGGGCUCCUCGGCCACGGCAAGAUGACGAUCUUCGUCGACCCGGAUCCGACGGACGCGCGCGCGCGCAAGCUCGGGAAGCGCUACUUCCAGCGCCUCAGCAACGCCGGCAUGCUCAUCCCGCGGCGCUCCUGGCGCGUCGACGAGGCCGACGCGGCGGCGCUCGUCCGGUCCAUGGGCGGGCCCUCGGCGCCGCGCGCGCUCCGGGACGCCGCGGCGCUGUGGCACGGCCACGACCACGGUGGCCAGAGCCUGGGGCCGGAGCGCUACGACGCGAUGCUCGCGCGGUCCGCGUCCUCGGCGUCGUCCGUCGACGCCGCCCUGCUCCGGCGCGUCGUCGACGCGGCGGCGUGGAACAACCUGCGGCGGGAGGCGGAGCGCGGCCGCGGCUACAACCAUCGGCUGACGGAGCAGGACUUUGAGGCGGCGUGCCGCGACGCCGGCGCGCCGCGCUGGCGCGAGAUCUGGGCCGAGGCGCUCGACGGCCUGCUGCUGCCCUUCGAGCCCGAGUACUACAAGGGCGUCGAGGGCAACGUCGGCGUCGUCGACACGAUCCGGUGCGCGGGCGACGUCCGCCCCGGCGACGUCGCGUCCGUGAAUAUCGAAGAGUUCCCGCUGCUCGCGGCCGCGUCCAGCGCCAUCACGUCGCGGUGCGGCGGCGACCCCGCGGUCUGCUUCGGAGCCGAGCUCGAGAACGUCGUCUUCAAGCACCGGCACGGCGGCCAGGGCGUCUUCUCGCUCGCGAUCGGCGUUUUGAAAGACCUCGAGGCGCGACGCGACGGCGAGGCCGACGGCAGCGCGGGCCAGCGGCGCUUGGAGACGGCGUGCCAGGCCGUGCUCGCUCGGCACGUCCCGUUGAAGGGCGGCGACGACGUCGAGGUCUACGCCAAACCCGAACAAGAUUGGCGACGAAGAAAGUUCCAUACUCCUGGGUGA